AUGCACCCAGCUAACGUCCUCGAAUUCACUUUGGCUGAGCUCAUGAGGAAGCCACACUUCAUGGGGAAGCUACAAGACGAAGUGAGGAGUAUCAUACCCGGGGGACAAGAAAUUGUGAGCCAAUCUGACAUGAACAACAUGGUGUACCUAAGAGCAGUAAUAAAAAAGCCUCUCAGGUUGUAUCCUGUUGCGCCUCUCCUUGCUCCGCACCUUGCCAUGGCUGAUUGUACCAUCCAUGGAUACAUGGUUCCUGCUGGAACUCGUGUCGUCAUAAAUGCAUGGGCCGUUGGGAGGGAUUCGAGCUCUUGGGAGGGUGCGGAAGAGUUCAUACCUGAAAGAUUUACAGAUAAAGGCACCGCUACGAAUGUCAAUUUCAAGGGGAAUGAUUUCCAGUUCUUGCCGUUCGGGCCCGGACGAAGGAUAUGCCCUGGUAUAAACCUCGGAAUCGCAAAUGUCGAAUUUAUGUUAGCAAACCUCGUGAACCAUUUUGAUUGGGAACUUCCGGUUGGGGUUGAGAGAAAAAAUAUCUAUAUGACAGAGGUGUUUGGGCUAACCGUUCGCAGGAAGGAGAAACUAUUGUUGAUUCCAAAAUCACGCAUGUAAAAUCGAGCUAAGCUAAAUACUUUGUGUUAUCAGUAUAACGGUUUUCUUGGGAAGAAGGUGCUACCAGGGAAAUGGUGCCAAUAAAUAAUGGCCAGUUCUUCCUUGUAUAGCUACAAG